AACAAUAUGGAGGUGAUGAAACAGUUUGCUGGCUUGAUCCAACAAUAUUUCAGCUUUUUAUCGGAGAUGUUGACCUCAUUGAUCUGCAUCUGUGUCAUAUUUAUCAUUGUCAUCGCCAUAGCAACCACAUUCCUGAGGUACUGGAUUCAGCGCCGCUCUGCAUUCCAGCUUCCACAUAUUAGAAAAACAAAAUCAGGGGAGAUAACUCCUGUGAUUGGAUUCUUUCACCCUUAUUGUAAUGCAGGAGGAGGAGGGGAAAGAGUGCUGUGGGUGGCUAUCCGGUCGAUACAGAGAAGGUACCCCAAUGUGAACUGUGUUGUGUAUACUGGAGAUACAGACGUCACUGGUCCACAGAUCCUGGAACGUGCUCGUCAGCGAUUCAACAUCACACUCAAGUCUCACGUCCAGUUCAUAUUUCUGAAGCGUCGUAGAUGGGUCGAGGCAGUCAAGUACCCCAUGUUCACUCUACUGGGCCAGAGCCUUGGAUCGGUUCUGCUCGGCUGGGAAGCCCUACUCGCCUUUGUACCAGAUGUUUACAUUGACACUAUGGGGUAUGCGUUCACGGUUCCGCUAUUUAAAUACUUCGGAAGAUGCCAGGUUUGUUGUUACGUUCACUAUCCCACGAUAAGUACGGACAUGUUGGAGAAGGUAUCGUCACGAACGGAGGCUUUCAACAACGCGUCCUUCAUUUCCCAGAGUCAUCUCCUCAGUACUGUGAAACUUCAAUAUUACAAAGCUUUCGCGUACCUUUACGGUGUGGCUGGAAAACGAUGUCACGCGGUAUUGGUCAACUCGACCUGGACUUACGGCCAUAUUAAACAACUCUGGCAACCCUCCGUCCACACCUACAUUCUCUUCCCGCCCUGUGACACGUCAGAAUUCACCAAGAUCUACUUACGGGAACACAUUGACUCACCCACUCAAAACAUCAUAUCCAUCGCUCAGUUUAGACCUGAAAAAGACCACGCGUUACAAAUAGACUCCUUUCAUCACUUUCUCCUGAAGAAAACGGAGAAAGAGCGAAGUAAAUACAAACUAGUCCUAGUGGGAAGCUGCCGAAACAGGGGAGAUAAUGACUUGGUGGACAGCCUUAAACAGCAGUGUGAUAUACUAGGUAUAACAGAAUAUGUCGAAUUUAAACUCAAUGUCAGUUUCCAGGAGCUGAAAGAGUUGAUGGCGUCAUCUACGGUGGGAUUACAUACCAUGUGGAAUGAACAUUUCGGUAUUGGUGUAGUAGAGCUAAUGGCCGCGGGCACCGUGGUCCUGGCACAUAAUUCUGGAGGACCCAAACUGGACAUAGUGGUCAGUUACAAUGACCAUUCAACAGGUUUCCUGGCCGAAGAUAUCCAGUCUUAUUCUCAUGCACUGGACACAAUAUUUAGUCUAACGCCACGGCAACGACUUGACAUUAGGAAGAAUGCACGUGAUUCCAUAUCUCGAUUUUCUGAGGAGGAAUUUGAACAUGGAUUCCUUGAAGUGAUAGAACCGCUCAUCUCAAACAUUCGCCGGAGGCUGACAUCUUAGAUUUUGUUUAUGUUUGUUAUAUUUAUAAUACGACCAAUUACAAAACAUACAUGGCUUUGACUAUCAACAUUCGGGGCUUCAGUGAUGGUGCUGACAACUGAAGAAUGAAUUUCACUUGAAGGUUACAAGCAUGAAACUAGAUUUACUGUAAUGGACCAGGUAGUCAAAUUUUUUUCCGACUCCACCACCUAAAGACAGAAAAUCUUAAUGUGGGAAGAGUAAUAGACUGAAAAUAGAUCACUGUUAGAUAUUCAUUUUGACAAUGGGUAAGGUUGUAAAAUGUUGGGAUGUAGCUUUUUCUUAGUUAAGAAUUUGGGUUGAAGGAUGGGGCUGUGGGAAUGUAAAUUUUGCAGAAGACAAUCUUGACAAAUACUAGAUGUUAGAAAGGCUGGUUGUGUAUAAUCUUAGUCAUGUAAGUUUUGUUUUUCGGUCUUUUUUAUUUAUUGUUGUUGGCUACUUGUUGCAGUCUCUUAAAUCUAUCACCGAUGCCUAACCCAUGUCCUGCAUUUGCUUGUUAAAAGGAUCCUCUUCUAAAGAAGAAAACAUUUAAUUUGUUGCUACAUUACAUACAGUGUGUUAUAAAUCCAAAUCGAAUUAAGAAGUGCGAUAAUAACUCCUUGUUUUAAUAAAACGUUCUUGUUAUUUACAUGUAAGGCUAUUUCUUAUGUAUUUUUGGAGUCGUAUAUAGCGAACACUGCUUUAAUAUGAUUAGAGCAGUGAUAUAUCUUUGACUUGCAAAACUAGCUAUUCACUACAUGUACAGAGCAUUAGGCUUAUUUUUUCAAAACUGACUUUUGAAUUUAUCUGUAUAUGAAAAUUGAUGCUGUAUGCAUUAAAAGGCUAAAUUCUGUCGUAAAGAUGAAAAGGAUCAUUGUCACUGCAUGUUAUCGUUCCAGGGUAUUCAGAAAAUACUUAACAUAUAUUUAAUUAAUAUAUUUUUUAAAUACAGUAUGCAUAUAUUAAAAAUGCUUAAACCUUUGUACAGUAACUGUUCUCUGUACAAUAUUUCAAAAUAGAAAAAGUUAAUUUAUGGUUGUUUAUAAUUAUUGAACCAGAAUCUCGGUUUCAUUUCAAUUGGUUCAUAUAGUUACAGUGAUUGAACUGUGUAAGGGAAAUAACUGUCAGGUUUAGUGGUGUAAUGUCAGAUUAAUCUGCUAUCAGUUAGGUUACAUCCAUGACGCUCUCUUUUAUUUUCUCUGAAAUUAACCUUUUUUUUAAACAUUUUUUUCAAUAAAUUAUUUUCGACAGCAAAGAAAGAACAUAUAUUUUAUAUUUUCUCAUUAAACAAAGUGCUGUAUGUAAAUUUUGAUUCAAUGAAAAAAAAAAUUGUAUGUUUUUCUGUUAUAGUGAAGUAUAUGAUGUUGUUAACAAAAAACCUAAAAAGAAUUUGGAACAUUUUAACAAUAUUAAGGCAAAAUUAAGAAAAGGAUUAGAAACAAGAAAAAAGAAACACUAUUAGAAAUUGUCCUGUUUCCUACGGGAACUGAAAAAUAUAUUGUAGAAUGUAAUGAAAGUUUAAUCAAGAUAGGGAGCGACGCUAUCAUCUGUGAAAAUUUCAUCCGUUUUCAUUUACAUACCCUUGUCAAAUUUCAGUUUGAGACAAGGGUACCCUUCUCAGAUUGAAUAGCGUUUCGGGCCCCAUCAAUAUCAUGUAUGACCUCCAUAAGCUACAGUGGUUUUACAGACUUUCUUGUUCACUGAGUUGGUCAGGGUAUUGACCCUCGCUAUAUACAGAUUCAUCCAAUGCAUUGUCAACUGAACAACAUUGAUUGGAAGUUUCGGCCUAUGUCAGAUCCUUCUGUCCAACUCGUCCCAUAAAUGUUCUAUCAUGGAGAGGUCGGAUCAACCUGAAAUUUGACAAAGGUACUAAAUUUACAUGGAUGACACUUUCACAGUCAUUUCCUUUCUUUCAAAUACAUUAAUAUGUUCUGUAACAUCUUAUUAUUUCCUGUAAACCAGGCAAUUUCAAAUCAUGUUUCUUUUUCCUUCAAGUGUAUCAUUUUAACAACAAUACAUCCUCCCGGCCCCAGGUGAAAAUCGUAAUAAGCGAUAGUGCGAUUUUUGCACCUGCAAAAAUCGCACUAUCGCUUAUUACGAUUUUCACCUGAGGCCGAGGAUGCCAACAAUACUGCCUGGCAAGUAUUAUUACACUAAGUCUGAAAAUAGAGUAAAAUUGAUGCAGUCAAUGGAAUGUGCUUAUUUGAUUGGUCAGUUUUUCUCACAUGACAUUGAAUGAAACAGACAUUGUAUAAGCUUCAUUAGAAUGAUAAUUUUCUGUUUAUCAAUAAUAAAAUUGUGUAAAAUGUGUGAGUAUUAAUUUCAUUUUUGUGUAUUACUGAAUUUUAUUUGAAUAUUUUCAGAAUUUAAUUACUACUUGAAUUACAUGUAAUAACUGUGAAAUGAUAUUCUCAGUUGUUUUGAAUAUUUCCCAAAAUGUGUUAAAAUGUGUUUUUGCAAUCUCUCAAGGAGUGUAUUAGCUUGUGUAAUGACCCCUAGGGGGAGAUUGAUGUUUUUUAUAUAAAAUUGAAGUGAUUAUCUCCCUUGCAAUGCUACAUCUACACCUAUGGAUACAUUUCUUUUUCUUCAGAACAUUUUCAAUACUUUCUAUUUUCACUUGAAUUAUAAUUGAUAUAUAAAUGAAAUAAAGAUGGUAUCUUAAAAAUUAAUUACUACGUAAAUAGUCCAAAACUACAGCAUUUGAGCGAGUCAUUUUAGUAGUAGUAGUUUUAAGAUCCAUACUCUGUCAUAAAUAGUGCCUGAACAUUUUUCUUCCAGUUGAAAAAUUUUAUCCAUAAUUGCACGAUAGUUUUUCACUAAAUUUGUACUACAUUGGAAUUCUAUUCGUACGGCAUGCAUAAUAAAUCUAGUUUAAAUCUUAACUUGAUAUAAUUCUUAUGAAUGUAGAUGUUAUUUUCAAAUUAGUGAGUAGCUGGUAGGAGUCUAUGACAUUGUUCGUCUGUUCUCUUAAUUCUGCAUAUUAUAAGGAAUUUAUGUUUUGGUAUGAAAUCCUUUUUAUAAGCAAUUUAAAGUUUUUAAAUCUUUUCACCGCGUAGGAGCCAUAGUGUUGCUUGUUCUGUGAAUAACAAAUUCAUUACUAGAAUCUAAAAGGCAUGAACAGUGUCGACGGGCCCAAUUUUCAUCAAAAUUUCUUUAUGUAUAAUUUUCCGUAGGAAAGCAUUAUAGAAUUAAGAUUUACCUUAAAUCUGAUAAUACAGUAUCUGUUAAGGCCACAACAAAUUUAUUUUUACACUUUUGAAAUUUUCAUUAUAAAAGUUGUAUUAUAAAUAAGUCAUAAUUUGAUUUCAAUAAAUAAAUCAUAUUUUGAUUUCAAUAAAUAAGUCGUAUUUUGAUUCCAAUAAAUAAGUCGUAUUACAAUUAAGUCAUAUUUUGAUUUGAAUGAAUAAGUCGUGUAACAAAUAAGUCAUAUUUUGAUUUGAAUGAAUAAGUCAUAUUACAAAUAAGUCAUAUUUUUAUUUGAAUGAAUAAGUCGUAUAACAAAUAAGUCAUAUUUUUAUUUGAAUGAAUAAGUCGUAUAACAAAUAAGUCAUAUUUUGAUUUGAAUGAAUAAGUCAUAUUACAAAUAAGUCAUAUUUUGAUUUGAAUGAAUAAGUGGUAUAACAAAUAAGUCAUAUUUUGAUUUGAAUGAAUAAGUCGUAUAACAAAUAAAUCAUAUUUUGAUUUGAAUGAAUAAGUCGUAUUACAAAUAAGUCAUAUUUUGAUUUGAAAGUUUGGGUUAGGGUUUUCAUUGAGAUGUUCUUUAUCUCUUAGUUUGUCUGUCCAUCCACUUCAAUUUGGCCUGCCAAAGUGAACUUGAUGGUAGUGUGCUGUACAGAUUUAGACUAUUUUCAAAUAUUGUAAAUGUUUUGAAUCUUAAAAAUAUUUUUUCACUUGUUGCUAUGACUUGAUUCCGAUUUGUUUCAAUUGAUAAGAAGAUCUGUUUUUGCAUGCUUCCAUGUAUAUAGAUUUGAUACACAAGUAAAUUCUAAAUGCACGACUCUAUGUUGAACUAAACAUUUGUUAAUUUGUGCAUCAUCAAGAUUAUGACCAAUACACAGAUGUAUUAGCCAUUACAAGUUUUUUGCUCCUGUAAGGUAGCAUACAGCCCUAGUCACAAUUAAUGUCACAGAAAUGUGACAUACAGCUUUAAGUCUUUGUGUACAGCAAGAUAACACAUAUGAAACCCAAGCUGUUCAUGGUAAUGUAACAUACAGCCUUAAGUCUGUGAGUGCAGCAAGGUUACCCAUACAAAAUCUAAGCUUUUUAUUGAAUUGUAACAUACAGCCUUAAGUAUCUGUGUGAAGCAAGGUAACCCAUACAAAACCCAAGCUUUUCAUUGAAUUGUAACAUACAGCCUUAAGUCUCUUUGUGAAGCAAGGUAACCCAUACAAAACACAAGCUUUUCAUUGAAUUGUAACAUACAGCCUUAAGUCUGUGUGUGAAGCAAGGUAACCAUACAAAACCCAAGCUUUUCAUUGAAUUGUAACAUACAGCCUUAAGUCUCUGUGUGAAGCAAGGUAACCAUACAAAACCUAAGCUUUUCAUUGAAUUGUAACAUGCAGCCUUAAGUAUAUGUGUGAAGCAAGGUAACCCAUACAAAACACAAGCUUUUCAUUGAAUUGUAACAUACAGCCUUAAGUCUCUGUGUUAAGCAAGGUAACCCAUACAAAACACAAGCUUUUCAUUGACUUGUAACAUACAGCCUUAAGUCUGUGUGAAGCAAGGUAACCCAUACAAAAUACAAGCUUUUCAUUGAAUUGUAACAUACAGCCUUAAGUCUCUGUGUUAAGCAAGGUAACCAUACAAAACCUAAGCUUUUCAUUGAAUUGUAACAUACAGCCUUAAGUCUCUGUGUGAAGCAAGGUAACCCAUACAAAACCCAAGCUUUUCAUUGAAUUGUAACAUACAGCCUUAAGUCUCUGUGUGAAGCAAGGUAACCCAUACAAAACUUAAGCUUUUCAUUGAAUUGUAACAUACAGCCUUAAGUCUCCAGUAUUCUACAAAGGUUGCAUACUUCCUUAACUGAAAGAAUAAGUUGUACAUAUAGCAGGUAAUGUUUACUGAAGUGACAGAUUAAACAAAAUUAUGCUAUCAUACCAGUCUGCCCGUGUUUGUCUUUAUAAUACAUGGGUACAUGGGGCCGCGGUGGCCGAGUGGUUAAGGUGUCCCGACACUUUAACACUAGCCCUCCACCUCUGAGUUGCGAGUUCGAAACCUACGUGGGGCAGUUGUCAGGUACUGACCGUAGGCCGGUGGUUUUUCUCCGGGUACUCCGGCUUUCCUCCACCUCCAAAACCUGGCACGUCCUUAAAUGACCCUGGCUGUUAAUAGGACGUUAAACAAAAACAAACAAAAUCUUUGUAAUAAAUCAAAUAACAAACAUCCAAUCAAAAUGUCAGAUUAGUGUCCUAUUGAUAACUUUCUUAAAGUGACUUGAUCUUUAGAUUUUUAUCUCAUAAAACUUUCUUAAAGGGAUUCGAUCUUUAGAUUUUUAUCUCAUAACUAAUGUUGUAGCAUUUUAAUGCAUGUUACAUGUUACAUGUAAUUAUAAAAUUCAAAUGUUAGCAAAUGAUUUCUGCGAAAUUUCAAAAUAAGAAUUAAGGAAUUCUACGUCCUGUUGUUGGUUUAUAUAAUGUGAUUGUUCAUGUGCACAAGUCCAAAGCUGCCUUGCAACACGUGUAUGUUGUGUACUCGUUAACUGAUCAAUCUAAUGAUCGAGUUCCUUUAAUGACCUUUAUUUAAUAUAGGCAUUUUUCUCCCUUCAUUAAAUUUUGUAAAAUCUAAAAUCAAACCUUCAUCAAGAAUGGAAAUCCUCACAAAAAUGAGAAAUGUUCAAAAAGUAAAAAUGGUAUCAUCAUAUGUGUUAUGGAAUUUUGGGUAAAUGAAAAGCUUUAAACCUAAGUAGAAGGGUUCUGUGCUGUAAGAGAUGUAUCUUUCUUUAAAUUGUUUUUAAUUUAUUUGGGUAUUUUCAAAGAAGAAUAAAUGAUGCUGGAAAUAAAGUAUGUAUUUGUAACAAUUUGUCAGCCGUAGAAUUGAGUUUUCAUCUUGGCAAUACUGAGACAACCUGACUUAGAAUUUCAGAAAUAAAGAAAAUGAAGUUAAGAUGAUUUAAUGUAAUGAUAAGAACAUCACAACUUAAGUUUACUGUGAUGAAAAUAAAACCCCCGAAAAAUACUGAUUUUGCAGUUAAGUUUUACCAUGAUGAAAAUAAUAACCCACAAAAAUUAAUGAUUUUUGCAGUUAAGUUUUACUUUGAUGAAAAUAAAAACCCACAAAAAAUGAUGAUUUUGCAGUAAGAACCAUGUCUUAUUACAAAAUACAUGUAACAACACCCAGCAGAGAUCUGGGUUAUUGAAGUCCCACAGCUUGAAUUGUGAUGUCAUUACUGCUCACCAAAGAAAGAAUGGAGGAAUGAGAAUAUCACCAUUUUUUAUUUCCUUCUAGUCUGAUAAAAUGCUGUUUGUUUUCAUGAAUAUUUGCUGAGUAAUCCUAAAAUGUGUGAUAAUCAUAAUCUUACACUUGUUUGAAUUCCAUAUGAAGUUUAAGAAAGAUUCCUUUAUUUCCUAAAUCUCAAGAAAUGGAAAUCAACGUAAAAUCCUGUUUUAUGGGGAAGUUUUUUUCGAAGAUUUGUUGAUUUUUUUUUUCAUGAGAACUUAAAAAUGUUUGAUUACUAUAACAUUAAAACUUGUUAAUUUAACACAUGUUUCUUAAGGAAUAAAGAAAACCUUCCUGGAUAUUUGUUCUUGUAACAUAAAUGUGCAAUAUUGUCUUAUACAAGGAGUUCCAGUAUUACCAAUAGAUUUCUACAAAUAACAAAUUGUAAAAUUAGCUUAAGAAGUGUUAAGAAAAUUGUACUUUUAAUAUUUUUUACUCUAAAGAAAAAAAAUAAAAAUUGUACUUUUAAUAUUUUUUACUCUAAAGAAAAAAUAUCAGAGUUUGACAAUCAAGAAAUGCUAUCAUAAUUUCUAGUUAUUUAAAGAAAAGGUGUAGAGAGUUACCUCCCUUCACAUCCAUUUAUUUUAAAAGUUGGAAGUAAUGAAAAAUUUCUUUACAAAAUUCUACCAUAAGCAGACUUCUCUGAAUAUCUUUUAUGGUGUAUUUUUCAUUUUAAGGGCUAUGCAAUUUGAACAUUUGUGAUACUACUAUAUUUCUAAAUACCACAAGAAGAAAAUAUGUACAUUGUAGGUCAAGUUUUGAUUUAGUAGUGAUCUAGUGAUUUGAUUACAAUGAUUUAGAAUUCUUGAUAAAUCUCAAUAAAGAACUCUUAAAAUUUGAA